CCCUCGAGUUAAUUAAACAUGCUUAACUUUAACCAUAAUCAUUCUCUUUGCAAUAAUCAAGAGAGGCUAAAUAUGCAAAUACCUACAACUACAAGGCCCUAUAUUGUAAUUAAUUAGCACUUUAGUUUAAUUAAAGCACCAUUAUUAACUUUGCUAAUUAAAUACUCUAUUUAAUACUCAUAAAGUUCAGUUUCAUUCAUAUUUGUUCAAACCUCAUUAAAUAAAAUAUUAAUUAAUUAAUUAAAUAAAUAAUAAACGCCAAAUUAAAGGUCGUCGAUAUUAUAUACACUGAUUCACCAUCUUCAUCGGAAUCCCACAUUUGCAGCUCUUCAUCUACACAAACCCAGUUGGGAAAAAAAUGGCGGCGGAAUUCUCCGCGGCGGUUGAUGUAGGCCUCCGCCUCUGCAAGAGAAUCUACUACGGAAAGGACGCCGCGGCGCCGGUCGUGUCGGUGCCGCCGCGAACGGCUGAGAUGUCGCCGGAGGCGGAGAGUUACCUCCCGGCGGCGCUGAUGGUGUACGCGGAGGUUAACGAUCCGGCGGUGGUGGAAAAUCCCGACGUACCGAGCUACCAGCCGUACGUUCACGGCAGGUGCGAGACGCCGGCGCUGAUUCCGCUGCACAUGCAUGGGGUUUCGGUGGAGGUCGACUGUUGUCUGGAUACGGCUUUUGUUACAGUCGGCGGCGCGUGGAGGGUACACUGCGUCUCCGCGAGUAGGAGCUGCUACUGCCGCAUUGCUGUGCCGAUUGGUGAACAGGGUUCAGUUCUAGGUGUAGAAAUCGAAACCCCUUCAAAAUCCUACAGUACACAACUGAUCUCACUGCAAGAAACUGCAGAUGCAGCCAAAGUAGAGAGCAGUAAAGAUGGAUUCUUGAUUAAAGGCCAAAUAUACACACUCAAAAUUCCCAAGGUUAGUGGUGGAACCAUGUUGACUGUUAAAGUUAGUUGGUCCCAGAAAUUAUUAUAUCAAGACGGACAAUUUCGCCUCAAUGUACCUUUCACUUUUCCUUCGUAUGUUAAUCCCGUGUCGAAAAACCUAGUUAAAAACGAAAAGAUUUCAGUUAACGUUAAUUCCGUUGCCGGAACAGAAUUCUCGUUUCGGAGCACUAGUCAUCCUCUAAAGAGAAUCGGAGAGGAAGAUACCAAAAUCGGAUUUCGUUGCGAGAGAGAAGUUCCGAUGUGGUCCGUGAACGACUUCAGUUUUUCAUACAAUGUUUGUUCGAGUGAAAUUGUUGGCGGUUUAUUAUUGCAAUCUCCAUCUACGAACGAUUUUGAUCGAAGGGAAAUGUUUUGCUGUUAUCUAUACCCAGGGAAAAAGUCAAUUAGUACUAAGGUUUUUAGAAAAGAAGUGGUAUAUAUAGUCGACGUAAGCGCCAGCAUGCAAGGAAGUCAACUUGAGAAAGUCAAGACCGCAAUCUUGGCUUCUUUAUUAAAUCUCAAUCCGACAGAUACUUUCAAUGUUAUAGCAUUCAAUGAAAAAACUUCGUUAUUUUCUUCGUCUAAUUUGGUUCCGGCGAAUAAGGAGACGAUAAAAGAAGCUUCUGAAUGGAUUGAGCUUAAUUUUAUAGCCAAGGGCGGCACAAACAUCUCAGCUCCUUUAAACCAGGCUAUAAAAAUGUUCUCAAAAACCGGCGAUUUACUUCCCGUAAUUUUUCUUAUAACCGAUGGAUCAGUUGAAGAUGAAAAGGGCAUUUGUGAUUCGAUGAGAACUCAACUUGUGAAGGGAGGGUUGACGUCUCCUCGGAUCUGCACGUUUGGGAUAGGUUUAUACUGCAACCAUUACUUCUUGCAAAUGCUUGCACAAAUCGGAAGGGGUUACUAUGAUGCUGCCUUCGAUAUAGGUUCGAUAAACUCUCGAUUAGAAAGAUUGAUUAGUAAUGCAUCAUCGGUCAUAGUUGCAGAUAUAACCGUUGAUGCUUUGAAAAAUCUCGAUUCCCUCGAGAUAUUUCCGUUUAAUAUUGCAGACCUAUUGUCCGGAUGUCCGUUAUUUAUAACGGGAAGAUUUCGUGGGGACUUCCCUAAAAAUGUUGAAGUUAACGGUACUUUAGCCGCAAAUUCAAGCAAUUUCGUAAUGAAGAUGAAAGUUCAAAAUGCGAAAGAUAUCCCUCUUGACAAAAUAUUUGCUCGGAGACAAAUCAACGCGCUUACGACAAAUGCAUGGUUUUCGGGGAGCAAAGAACUAGAGGAAAAGGCUACAAAACUGAGCCUGCUUACAGGGGUACCGUCCGAGUAUACCACGAUAAUUCUAGUCGAGACUAUCAAAAACAAGUCACUAUCCAAUCGAAAAACACUACAAGAGAAGACGGUUAAAGAGCAGAAGAAUAUGAUAUACAUGCGCAGACUUGGAAUCGGGUAUGGAAAUACUGAGGCGACGGUUGAAAAUCGAGCACCUGCAAAUGCGGAACCGAAAUUGUACGAAAGUACGGAAAUAAUAUUUAAAGCUGCUUCGAAUUUGUGCGGGAGAUUAGUGGAUUGCUGCUGCUGCAUGUGUUUUAUUCAGUUCUGUAAUCGGCUUAAUGAUCAAUGUGCGAUCGCUCUUACGCAGCUGUGUACCGCUCUCGCUUGUUUUGGGUGCAUUGAAAUGUGCUGUGAUGUAUGCUCUUGUGACUGUGAUUAGAUAUAUGUAUGUAUGUGCGUAUAUAAUAUAUAUGUAUAGAGGAGUUGCUUCCAUUGUUUGAAUAUUCUUAUGAUGGAGUACUAGUGUGUAAUAAUUAUGUUUCUAUUUUGCAAAAAAGAAAAAUGUUGUUCUCGUAUUUCGGGUUUCGGGCGAGUAGAAAUAGCAAGCUAAAGAACGGCCUUACUUUCAGACAAUAUUUAAUGCAAGUCCAAUCAGAUCUUUGG